GAUAACAGUAUUUCAAAACCCCUCUUUCGUGUGUGCGCAGGAGAUGAUGGGAAUGAAAGGAAAGCUGCUAAAGAAACUCAAGACAAUUGGGUACUUGACUUACCAUCAACAGCAGCCCGAAAGAAUUCUUCAGGUCAGCGACACUCAUAUCUACCCUUCCCCUCAAAAAAUGACCCCUAAUUUUCCUUCUCCAUUGCCGUUGCCAUUGGUGGUCGAGCCGGAACCUAAGCAUGAAUCCCGUGCCAAGUUAAACAACUACCCUCUCCCAGCCCCACUAGUGCAAGAGCCAGAGAUCAUCGAUGUGUCAGAGCUGAUGAAAGACCUGGACGACCAGGACAUGGAUUUUGACGACGAGAUGGAUGAAAAAGAGAAUCGCAGGCUCCACAGAAAACUCGAUGCUGCUGCUGAAUCUGAAGGUUCUAGAUCAGAAAAUUCAGAUGAGAAUGAGAUGAGACGACCCCUCAAGGCCAAAUUAAACGGGAGGGAGAGGGAGAGGGAAUUUGCUCUGUCGGACACGGACGCAUCCGCAUCGUCCUUCAGGCAACCCGAUUUGAACUCUAGAACCCUUUUUGAUCCCAAACUUCUUGCAGCAUUUGAACAGGCAAUCACGGAAGCCAAGGCGAGGGAAGCAGAAAGAAGAUCAAGAAUAAUUGAGGUGCCCAGUUUGUGGGCGGACGACGACGUUGUUGAGGAGCGGGUGCGGGAGCCCCCCCUAAAAGCCCGAAAAGUCAAGCUAAGCAAGAAUGAUGAUGAUAAUGAUAGCAGCAGUCGCAGUAGCGGUAGCUGUAGUGUCAAUCCACUGCUGGAAUUCGAAGACAAGUGUCCGCCAGGGGGCAGUGACGCCAUUGUAUUCUAUACAACCGGGCUCCGAGCGGUGCGGAAGACAUUUGAGGACUGCCAAAAGAUGAGGUCCCUGUUGGAGAAUCUGAGGGUGUUGUUCUUCGAGAGGGACAUAUCGAUGCAUUCGCGGUUUAAGGAGGAGUUGUGGGAGAUUCUUGGGGGGAAGACGCUGCUGCCUCCGAGGCUGUUCAUCAAGGGGAGGUACAUUGGUGGAGUGGAUGAGGUCCUGGCCCUCCACGAGCAAGGAAAGCUCAAGCCACUCACUCAAGGGAUUCCCCUACACCAUCACCACGGUGAUGGCCCCCCCUGCCAGGGGUGUGCUGGGUUCAGGUUCAUUGUGUGUUUCAACUGCAAUGGCAGCCGGAAAAUUGUGCAGGAGGAUAGGGAGGAGGAGGAGGAGGAAGAGCCCAUGAAUUGCACUGACUGUAACGAGAAUGGAAUGCUCGUCUGCCCCCUUUGCUGUUGAUGCACAGCACUGCGAGUUUCCUUAUCCCAUAUGAUGAUGCCAAUAAGCUGUGUGUGUGUGUGUGUGUAUUUGAUGGAUGGAUGGGUGGAUGGACGACUGUAACAUCUCAUUUUGUUAUUUCCCAACAUCACCUCUAUUCCAAUACUUGCCAUCUCAUUAACAUCUAUGUAUCUAUCUAUGUAUAUAUAUCUAAUUUUGCUGUUCUAUUCUGGAGGAUAAACUGUACUUACACUACUUAAAGCAGCACAAACAACCACCCCCCACCACAACAGGCGGAACAGAAGAGCAGCCGCAAGAAUGUCUUAACAACACAGCACAGUAGCCACAAAAGGCACGCAAUGGUAGCCUGGGUACUACUGGACAGCCUGACGUCUGAAUGUUGAUGAUGCCACCAAGCUCAAAAACUAAAACCAAACGUAUUGGCAGGACUAAAUGAUUGAGAAUUAGAAGACUCGGAACCAGAUAGAUACAAGUGUUCGACAGUGAUGAUAUGUAGAUGUACCUUCUGAGACAGUUCCCACGCCGGACACCCCCAGAGAUUCUGUGAAUGCAAGUCAUUCAUUAGAUUAGAGGUAAGAGUCUAUGCAUGCACAUUAGCUAUCUCUCCAACCAAGGGAAAUG